AUGUCCGAUGAAGCCGCUCCCGGUUACAAGACUCGCUUGGAGGAGGUCUUGAUCUUUGUGCGUAAAGUGAAAAUCACCAGCGGUGUGCAACUGGGGCAUUUGAAAGCCUUGGCCCAAAGCUCCUGCCAGUACCCAAUCCGCCGCGUGCUGACCAAGUAUUUCUCUGUUCCCAGAGGUCACACCCUCAUCAAUGAACAAAACCUAUUUCUGGGCAGGCUUACCGACACGUUUAGUGGUGGGGUGUGUGAGCAACAAGGCUUUUUGACGGGGACUACACUAAAAACCCCGUUUCGUUUCCGACACUACUACACAAACUUCGUCGCCUUGUACGUCGGCGGUCGUCAGAUUCCAACCAAGCCCCUGACACCCGACUUUGAGAACGAGAAUUUCAUCCGCACGUACAUGAACCUCUUUACCCACACGGGGAAAGCGUUCCACGACGAAGGAAACAAUAUCAAGCGCACCACAUUCGCCGAAGGCCACACGCUGUUUUGUUUCGACUUGACCCCUAGCCUCCACGAUGACCACCACUGA